AUGACAGGCAAAUCAGGGGAUCCGGCACAACAGCAGCUGGAUACACUUGGAGUGAGCGUUUCCCAUUUAGAGCACAUCUUCUUGGAGGAAAUUUCUAAUUUCACGGAUACCACCACUGGAGAUCCACUGUCAAGAGAUUCCAAAAUCUAUCAAGUGGAGAAUUUGAAAGGCCCUCCAGGUGUCAUACGCCAAAAGGGUGCCAAUACUCGCUGCCCAAUCGAUGGACGAAUGGGUGCUGCCUACGUUCACUGCCUACGAGGAGAAGACCAUGUUGGGGAAGCAACUAAAAUGCUGAGCUAUUCUUGGAGCUACACGAUUGGGGAUAUUGUGGAUACCCUUUCAGAGUUUUGCCACCAAAACAACCUUGAUCCCAAAAGGACCUAUGUAUGGAUCUGCUGCCUCUGUGUCAAUCAACACAGGGUCGUGGAAAACAACUCCAAGGAAAUUUCGGGCAUGAUAUCACCUACAAAGGUAGAUUUCUUUGCCAUCUUUGGUGACCGGGUCAAGAAGAUUAAGCAUCUAUUGGCCAUGAUGGCCCCCUGGAAGGCACCUGUGGCUUUGACGAGAGUUUGGUGCAUUUUCGAGAUAUUCACGGCCCACAGCACAGAUGGCUGCAAGGUGGACAUUCUGAUGCCACCCAAGGAGAAGUAUUCUCUGGAGCAGGAUGUCAUCAACAAUGAUGGAGGUAUUGAUGCACUAUACGAGACCCUGGGAAACACCAAAGUGGAGAAUGCCAAGGCAUCUGUCGAUAGUGACAGGCGGGCAAUUCUAGCAAGAGUUAUAUGGGGUGUGGGAUACCAACCACUCAACCAUGAAGUGAAUAAGUUGUUGCGAGAAUGGAUGUUAAGUGUCCUGACUCAGUUGGUGGAUUCUAGAGAAAACACGAAUGACAAGGACUAUGUGGAUUUUUGCAACAGAAUUGGGGCUGUCCUUAAGGGGCACGGAGAGCUUGAUGCAGCCAUGAAACUCCACCAGGCAGCUCUGACCAUAUGUGAAACUGUGUUGGGCCAGAAUCACGAAGAAGCAACAGCAAGUACCUACCACAGCAUCGGAAAUGCAAUAGCAGCCAAGGGUGACUAUGAUGAUGCUUUGGCAAAACUCCAAAAGGCUCUCAUUCUUCAAGAGCAGGCAUUGGGCAAGGACCACCCGGAUGUGGCAGAAUCCUACAACAGCAUUGGGCUUGUACUGACCGAAAUGGGUGACUAUGAAGAUGCUUUGGCAAAUUACAGGGAGGCUCUUGCCAUGAAAUUGUUGGCAUUUGGCAAGCAUCAUUCUGAUGUGGCCGUCGCCUACAAUAAUAUUGGUUCCGUCCUGAAUGAAAUGGAAAACUAUGAAGGCGCACUGUCCAAGUACAAGGAAGCUGUUGCCAUUCAAGAGUCAGUAUUGGGCAAAGAUCAUCCAUCAGUGGCAACCACCUACAACAACAUUGGUACUGUUCUGAAUGAUAUGGGUGACUAUGAAGGUGCUUUGUCAAAGCACAAUGAAGCUCUUGCCAUUCGAUUAUCAGUAUUGGGCAAGGAUCAUAUUGACGUUGCUCAGUCAUACAACAACAUUGGGCUUACACUUGAGGAUAUGAAAGACUAUGAAGGUGCAUUGUCAAGGCACAACGAGGCUCUUGCCAUUAGAUUGUCAGCAUUUGGCAGGGAUCAUCCAUCAGUGGCAAACACCUAUAACAACAUUGGUUCUAUAUUGUUCAACAUGGGUGACUUGUCUGGAGCCUUGACAAAAUUUGAGGAAUGCCUCGCCAUAAGGAAACCAGUGUUGGGACUAGAUCAUCCUGAUACUGAGAUUUGUCUUGAUUGGAUUGAAGACAUCAAGGAAGAGUUGGACGAACAGUAA